GCCACUCACAGGAUCCUGUUUGCCAGCUCAGUGCCAACACACCAAUCAACCAUGUCUCACCAGUUCCCAGCACUCACCUCCGAACAGAAGAAGGAGCUCACAGAGAUCGCUCAGCGCAUUGUUAAAGAUGGCAAGGGAAUACUGGUGGCAGAUGAAUCUGUGGGGACCAUGGGCAGUCGCCUGAAGCGCAUCAAUGUGGAGAACAUUGAAGAGAACCGCCGCUUCUUCAGGAACCUUCUCUUUACAGCUGACUCCAAGCUGAAUGAAAGCAUCGGAGGAGUCAUCCUUUUCCAUGAGACCCUGCACCAGAAGUCCAAUAAUGGAGUCCUUUUCCCCAAACUCUUGAAGGAUCAGGGCAUUGUUGUAGGAAUCAAGGUAGACAAAGGCACCGUUCCUCUGGAAGGAACUGAUGGAGAGACUACCACACAAGGUCUUGAUGGACUGUCCGAACGUUGCGCUCAGUACAAAAAGGAUGGUGCUGACUUUGCCAAGUGGCGCUGUGUGCUGAAGAUCGCAGACCACGCACCCUCAAGCCUUGCAAUCUACGAAAAUGCCAACGUAUUGGCGCGGUAUGCCAGCAUUUGCCAGCAGAACGGUCUUGUGCCAAUCGUGGAACCCAAAAUCCUGUCUGAUGGAUCUCAUGACCUCCAAAGAUGCCAGUAUGAAACAGAAAAGGUCCUGUCUGCAGUGUACCAUGCCCUCAUCCAGCAUCAUGUAUAUCUUAAAGGCACCCUCUUAAAGCCAAACAUGGUGACAGGAGGACAGUCAAGCCCUCAAAAAUUUACACCUGAGCAGGUCGCCAUGUCAACUGUUACUGCCCUGAGACGUACAGUCCCUUCCGCAGUUCCCGGUAUCUGUUUCCUGUCUGGAGGUCAGAGUGAAGAAGAGGCAUCGCUUAACCUGAAUGCCAUGAACAGCUGCAGUCUCCCUCGCCCCUGGCAACUGUCCUUCUCUUAUGGUCGUGCCCUGCAGGGCUCAGCACUAUCUGCCUGGGUCGGGAAAGCAGAAAAUGAGAAAGCAGCACAGGAGGCUUUUGCUAAGAGGGCAAAGAUCAACGGUUUGGCAUCUCUCGGGAAGUAUGUACCUUCUGGGUCUUCAGACGCCGCCUCCUCCAAAUCCCUCUUCCAGCCCAGUUACACCUACUAAAUGUUGCCCUCGAUUGCCCUCUUGUGUUACAUCUUUACAUUCCUCCUGGAGUUACAUGACUGGCAUUACUGCCGCAUCUCCCACACACUGAGCCAAUCAUAUUAGUUGCUACCAUGGCAACAAUGGACAGGGCAAU